AUGUCGUCGGCGAAGCCCUUGCCUGCCGCUUCCGCCUCGAGAUCGGCGCCUCCCAAUGAUCCUAAGAUUGCUGGAAUGCAAGAACCAAGUCCAGCACCUCGGGAAAUUCUAUCAGUCAUCGAUUCUUUGAAGAAACAAGUUGCUACUGAUCGAGAUGUAUUUGUAAAGAAAAGAAUGGAGGAAAAUAUGCAAAAGUUGGUUGAAGUCACCAAGAGUAUGUAUAAAUUGGCCCUUGAAAGGAAAAACCUUACAAUUAUUGACUCUGAUAGAAGUGUAAAUUUAUUGACAAAGAGACAGAAAGAUGCAAUUGAUAAGCAAAAUGGUAUUGAUACAAGCAAUGUGGAUAGUGACAGUAACAGCUUUGAAGAAGAUGGACAUGCUUCUUCGACAAUUCUUUUAGGUUCUAGUAUUGCAGUCAAGAAUUCCGUUCGCCCCCUCAAGCUUGCAGAAGUUAAAAGAUUACCUCCUUACACCACAUGGAUUUUCUUGGAUAGAAAUCAAAGAAUGACAGAGGAUCAAUCAGUAGUAGGUCGAAGGAGAAUCUACUAUGAUCAAAAUGGGGGUGAAGCUCUGAUUUGCAGUGAUAGUGAGGAAGAAGUGAUUGAUGAAGAAGAAAAGAGAGAAUUUGUGGAUUCUGAAGAUUAUGUUCUUCGAAUGACCAUCAAAGAAGUUGGCAUAUCGGAUGCUGUGUUGGAUUUACUGGCACAGUGCUUGUCUAGAAAACCAGGUGAAGUCAAGGCGCGAUACGAAGUUCUUAUUGAGGAAGAAAAUGCUGUGGGGGAUUGUAAGAAUAGGGAUAUUGAAGGCACAGAGAAUUCAUAUAUUGAUAAAGAUCUUGAUGCUGCUCUUGAUUCCUUUGACAACCUGUUUUGUCGCCGGUGUCUUGUCUUUGACUGUAGAUUACAUGGGUGUUCACAGGACCUUAUCUUCCCUACUGAGAAGCCACCAUCCUGGAGCUGCUCAGACGAGGAAACUGUACCAUGUGGCCCAUAUUGUUAUCGAUUGCAUAUUUUAGCAAUAAAGUCGAGAAUGACCAUCAAAGAAGUUGGCAUAUCGGAUGCUGUGUUGGAUUUACUGGCACAGUGCUUGUCUAGAAAACCAGGUGAAGUCAAGGCGCGAUACGAAGUUCUUAUUGAGGAAGAAAAUGCUGUGGGGGAUUGUAAGAAUAGGGAUAUUGAAGGCACAGAGAAUUCAUAUAUUGAUAAAGAUCUUGAUGCUGCUCUUGAUUCCUUUGACAACCUGUUUUGUCGCCGGUGUCUUGUCUUUGACUGUAGAUUACAUGGGUGUUCACAGGACCUUAUCUUCCCUGUUGACUUUGAAGAGAAAAACCCUUUAUCUGAUGUUGCUGUUGCUCUGAUAUCAAGGAGGAAAUCUGCUGGUCCAUCUCUUCGCAGGCCAGCAAAGUCUUGCCAAAGUGAAAGCGUUUCAUUAAACACAAAAAAUGUGAUAGAGAGCAGCGAUUCAGAUAUUAGACCCAUACAUGACAUCACUUCUACUCGCCAUUCUUCAUCACCAUCUAGAACUAAGGCUGUUGGAAAAUUUGGGAUUCGUAAAAGGAAUAGCAAGAGAUUUGCUGAGCAUUUUAAAGUUGCCACAAGGAAAAGGCAGAAGAAACUGGCAGCCUCUGAUUCUGAUUCUGUUGCGAGUGGAAGUCUUGGUUCAAGAGAUAUAACGCUUCGAUCGACUUCAUGUAAAGAAAAUGAGGAUGCUAGUUCUUGUUCCCAGAAAAUAAAAUCUCCAUGUUCUAGAAGGUCUAGUAGGAAAGAGUCUCCAGUUCUGGAUGCUGACAAAUUUGUACAGAGUGAAGUUCCUGAUUAUCUAUCUAAUGAUGUUAUUAGUGUCCGACCUGCAAAUAGUAGUGAUGGCGCCUUAAAGAAAGAAGAGUUUGUCGAUGAAAACAUCUGUAAACAGGACAUAAGUGAUGUUAAAUCUUGGAGAGCUAUUGAGAAAGCACUUUUUGAAAAGGGCAUGGAGAUUUUUGGGAGGAACAGCUGUUUGAUAGCCAGGAAUCUUAUGAAUGGUAUGAGGACAUGUGCUGAGGUAUUUAAAUGCAUGAAUCACUCCGAGAAUAAGCUAUCCAUUCAAGCAGGUGAUCGUGCAAAUUCUCUGCCCGGAGGCUGUUCCAAGGGUGAUGGUAACGAACCUGUGGGUAAUGAGGUCAGAAGACGAUCAAGAUUUUUGCGUAGAAGAGGUAGAGUUAGACGCCUAAAGUAUUCGUGGAAGUCUGCCGGAUACCAUUCAAUCAGGAAACGGAUUUCUGAGAGAAAAGACCAGCCAUGCCGACAAUACAAUCCAUGUGGGUGUCAAUCUGCCUGUGGAAAGGAGUGCCCUUGCCUUGUGAAUGGGACCUGCUGUGAGAAGUACUGCGGAUGUCCAAAGAUAUGCAAGAAUCGAUUUAGAGGCUGUCACUGUGCAAAGAGUCAGUGUAGGAGUCGUCAGUGUCCAUGCUUUGCUGCAGAUAGGGAAUGCGAUCCUGAUGUUUGCAGAAACUGCUGGAUCAGAAUUUUGGCUCAGCUGAAUCAGGAUUCCCUAGGAACACUCAUUGGAAGUGGAACAUAUGGAGCUUACGAGAAUCUUGUCCAAAGUUGUGGUGAUGGCACUCUUGGAAUUCCUUGCCAAAGAGGUGAUAAUUACGAAUGUAGGAAUAUGAAGCUUCUUCUCAAACAACAACAAAAGGUUUUGCUUGGAAGGUCUGAUGUAUCUGGUUGGGGAGCUUUCUUGAAGAAUAGCGUCGGCAAACAUGAAUACCUUGGCGAGUACACAGGAGAGCUAAUCUCCCAUCGUGAAGCAGAUAAACGUGGCAAAAUUUAUGACCGUGAAAAUUCUUCAUUUCUCUUCAAUUUGAAUGAUCAGUUUGUUCUUGAUGCUCACCGGAAGGGUGACAAAUUGAAGUUUGCCAACCAUUCUCCCGAUCCCAAUUGCUAUGCAAAGGUUAUGAUGGUGGCUGGGGAUCAUCGGGUUGGUAUAUUUGCCAAUGAACGAAUUUGUGCUGGGGAGGAACUCUUUUAUGAUUAUCGGUAUGAGCCAGACAGAGCGCCUGCUUGGGCAAGGAAGCCUGAGUUGUCUGGUGCCAAAAAAGAGGACGGUGCUCCUUCAAGUGGUCGUGCCAAGAAGCUUGCUUAG